CCUGCUCCAUCAUCACAGUAGCUGGAGCAAGUCAAGAAAUCAUGAAUCAUCAGUAACGGCCUUAAGUCGAAGCUCAGAUUGUAAAUUUCAUACGGUUUAAUCGUUUGCCCUGUGGUUACUCUAGUCUACCUGGACUAGAUUAUAUUAGGGGAUUUUUUUAAAAAGUUGUUUGUAUUAACGUUGCAGAACCGGUGGCCUAAUUUUGUGUCUUUGACGUUAAGCUAGCUCAACCAACCCAAGCUCAGUUAAACUUGUAAACACUUUUGUGAAAGAUGGCCGACAACGGCGCACACCCGACCGAAGAGGACCCAGCCGCUGCUUUCCUGGCUCAACAGGAGAGUGAGAUAGCGGGGAUAGAGAAUGACGGUGACGGCGAAGGCUUCGGGGCGCUGGAAGGUGCGGAGGACGAACAGCCGUCUCAACCGGCACCGGACAACUAUGAUGGUUUCGAAGAGGAGCCUGCCACAGUGAAUGGGGACCUGUUUCAGGAGUCCAAUGGCCCAACAGACAACUAUGCAGCCAUCGCUCAGGUGGAUAUUCAGAGACAAGAGCCAGAGAGUUUACGCAAGUGGAGGGAGGAGCAGAAGACACGCCUUGAAGCGUUAGACUCAGCAUCCAAGGCAGCAGAGGCAGAGUGGAGAGAGAAAGCCAAAAAGGAGCUGGAGGACUGGCACGUACACCAGAAUGAGCAGAUGGAGAAGAACAAGGCCAACAACAGACUCUGUCCAAGUCUGGCACGAGCAUCAGAGGAGGCUUUCCUGGCAGAGAGCGAUGGCGACAGCCCAGGAUCCGAAUGGGAGAGAGUAGCCCGCCUCUGCGACUUCAAUCCGAAAACCAACAAACAGGCAAAGGAUGUUUCUCGAAUGCGCUCUGUCCUCAUCUCUCUCAAACAGACACCUCUAGUGCGCUAGGGGGAGAAUUUUGUUCUAGAAGCAUUGCCUUUAUUCAGUUUUAACCUCACGUCGCAUCAGAAGAGUUUGUACGCCCUUUUCCAUAGAAUCCUGGUAUGUUUAUAACCUUUGAAAAACUUCCCGCCUUUCUCGAUGCCUAUUAUAUUGAAAUAAUAUACUUAGCCCACACUCUCUUGUGAGAAGAUGAAGGACUGCUCUAUUGUUACGACUUCCUCUGGCUGGUCAGUUUUGUCACAGCUGUACUUAAGAAAAUAUUGUUACUGUAAGUUAAACAUUUUCCUUCCCCUUUAACUUAUAAAUUGUUAUUAGGUCAGUUUUAUUGCAUGCCUCUGCCAAUAUUUUGGAUGCACAAUUUUUAGUUGUUUUAUAAAUUAGCAUUUUGGUCGAUGUCAAACACUUUUUAAGCACUAUUGCGUAUUAGAUUGUAACCACUUAUGCCUCUCAUCGGUGUAGAAUUAUCAACACAAAGUCUGUUCACAUCUGUUGCAUUAUAUCCCUUCUCACCAUAUUUAACGUAGCUUGCAUAUUUUUUCUCUUUUAAACACAUACGCUUGUGGCCUUUUUGAUGUAGCUCUUACUCCAGUUUUGAGUAUUCAGCCAGAUGGAUUUCCUAUUCAAUUAGGCAAAAAAAUAAAAAUUCACAACCAAAGAUUUCUGAAACAUCAUCUAAAUUUUCAGAGUUCACAUGAUUAACAGUUUGUGCGAUUUAUCAUUUCACUGAUUUUCUUGCACCAUGUUCCAUGUUACACCAAUAUGUUUUAGAUUUUUUUUAAACGGUAAUCAAUAAGGUGUCAAUUUCAACGGUAAUGUCUGCACAUUGUUUCACAUGUUGCCUAUUUGGACAUAUUGAAUACAGAAACAAGUGAAUGUUAAAAGGGAACUGGAAAAUAAAAGCAAGUGGAGUAUGAUCACCGAAA